AUGUCCGAAGUUGUGACCGAGCGUAAGCGUCAAUACCUCGAGCAUAACGUUCUGCCGGCCCUGGAGGAGUGCGUGUGGGAGUGGGAGCGCUGGGGCGUGACCCUCGAGAACAUGCUCCACUACUCGGAGUACCCCCGGAGAUACCGCAAACUCGACAACGACGUGUACGACUGCGCCUGGGGCUGCUUCUUCCUGCGCAUGGGCUGGUUAGACGACGAUAUUGAAGGAUCGUUCCAAGCGCCCGUGAUGCUGGCACACCUGGAGAACUACCUCGAAGACUGGAGGCUUCCGGAAACCAAUGAAAUAAUCAGCCGUUGCAUUUAUGUGAAUUACCCUCACACGGAGCUGACCGGCCACGUGCCGGACUGCGAGCAAGCCAAAAUCCUGAAGAACUGCCUCAUCAAAGAACAAUAUUUGGAGAUUACGCACAAGAACAAGUUGCAGUUGGUCGGGCUGCUGCGCAGCUGGCUGGGCGUGUGCGCCGACCUGGAGGGCGUGCCGCUGGGCGAGGUGCUGGAGCGCGCCGUGCGGCCGCCCGCGCCCUCGCCGCCGCUCGGCGACCCCGCGCCGCCCGCGCUGCAGGGCUGCGUCUGGCGCUGCCUCUUCUACGACAUGGGCUGGAUGGACGAUGCAAAAGGAGUUUUCCUUUUGCCCGUCGUGAACGAGACGAUAAGGAUGUAUUAUUACAAAACUGACUUAAUACCGCAACUAAUGGAGGAAUCUACUAAAUGCGGUACAAAGUUCAGUUUGUAA